UUCUGCUAACAGGUUCUAGGGUUUAUGAUCUCAUCGUCGUCUACAGGUUAAUCGAAGCUCAAAUCGGGUUUAAAAUGGUGAAAUUUAUAAAGCCGAACAAGGCAGUUAUUGUUCUUCAAGGCCGAUUCGCCGGCCGUAAGGCUGUGAUUGUCCGCAACUUCGAUGACGGAACCCGCGAUCGGCCCUAUGGCCAUUGUUUGGUUGCAGGGAUGAAGAAGUACCCGAGCAAAGUGAUUCGUAAAGAUUCGACGAAGAAGACGGCGAAGAAAUCGAGAGUGAAGGCUUUCAUCAAGCUUGUGAACUACCAGCACAUAAUGCCGACAAGGUACACGCUCGACGUUGAUCUCAAGGAUGUGGUUAAUGCGGAUUGUUUGCAGUCGAAAGGCUCGAAGGUUGUGGCUGCGAAGGAGAUCAAGAAGAGGUUGGAGGACAGGUUUAAGACUGGGAAGAACAGGUGGUUUUUUACCAAGCUUAGGUUCUGAGGAAAUUGUUUCGAGGAUUUGGAGGUUUUUCUUUCAUCUUGUUUUAAAUUUUGGAAGUACAUUUUAAAUUAUCAAUCAUCCAUUGUUUGGUGCGAUGAUACUAAAUUUUGUUGAUCUUCUCUAAGCCCUAAAUGGGUGGAACGAGGAAGAAUCUAAUUGAAUGAUCUGAAUCGUUCGAUCUCUUUUAAACGCCUCACAUUUGGAUACAAUUUCAAUUUCUGAUUCUCGAUGAACGCAAUAGGAUCUUUGUAUGAUCAAAUGGCAUUGCUGAUCACACAUACAAGUACAACUGGGUAAAUUCCUUCCCAUUGCUUU